AUGCUGGUCUGGGAUGCUUCAUCACUCUUUGGACGUACCAGACCAGACAGUGAUCAACGAUGGGGUUGGAAACGUGACUUAACACCUCAAGACCAUAUUCGCCGUGCAAUGAGUACAGCAGCAGAUGUAUCAAUCAAGACGGCCAUUAUGGGAAAAAAAACCUUUGCGAUGCGCAUAUUGGAUUGUGAUAAGCAUAUCGUCUCUAACCUCUGCAGAUACUGUAUCUUUCGUGUUGUAAUUACAAACAAUUCGAUGAAAUAA